CAAGACAUAUUACAUUUGUCUAAAAUACUGGUAACGGUGGUUAUCAUGUGGAUAAAAUUUUUUACCGGUCAUUGUUUAUGGUGUUCAAGGUUGGAUCUGUAUCAACAACUUGAUAUAUGUGCGUGAAAUUCUUGAUUUACGUGAGCAGUAUUUUGAGGAACGAUAUGUACAAGCGGAUCUGCAGUAAAGCGCCGACGUAAAUGUUUUGAGUUGGAACAAGGCCAAGGAGUUUUGUUUACGGAGUAACUUUGUAACAUAAUUGCAGUUACCUCCACAUCAUCGAAAAAAAAUUGAAAUAAUUAAGACGGAACAUUUACUAAAGAAAGGGGAGAAAACAGUUACGUAUUUAAUAGAGGAGUUAGAUGAAAUGUUUGUCAGGAUACCUGUGUAUAUUACUGUUGUGAUUAACCGGUAGUGCGGUAAUAUACUAAUGAAUGAUACCUAACGAAACAUUACUUUCUGUAUUUUAUUGUAUGUUUUAAAUUUGGUCUUCGACUUAAAAGUUAGUUUGAAUUUAUAAUAUUUCAUUAGUAUUUUAUCAAGAUGGAUACUUCAUUAUGCGAUUUCAUUAAAUCUAAAAUAAAACUAAUAACUGUGGAGCCGGUUUUGUUUUUGUAUAUGAUGAUAAUAUUUUUAGAAACAAAUGCUUUGCAGGAAUUGAUUUAUGUUAAAUUAUGUCUGCAUCAUUAUCCGGUGAACGAAACAUUAUGUAGCCAUGUUUUGAAAGACAGCCAGAAGGAGCUACUAAACGAAACUACUAAAUGGGUUAAAUAUUAUGGUUGUUUUUUAUUUUUAUCUACAUUUUUAAUAAGUUUUUAUGUUGCUUCAUGGAGUGAUCGAUAUGGUCGUAAAAUUACGAUGUUGAUUCCGCCAAUAGGAACUAUAAUAGCAUCUUGCAUUAAUUUUGUACUGUCUGUAUACAUAAACACUCAUGUUGCAUACUUUUUUAUAAGUGCUGUUGUUUCAGGAUUGUCAUUUGGCUCAGUAGGUGUAAUUGCAGCCACUUUUGGAUUCAUUUCAGAUAUAACUCGUGAAGAAUCUAGAACAAAGCGAAUAGUGGUUUUAGAAGCAAUGAUUUUUAUAGGAGGUACAUGUGGGAUACAUAUAGCUGGUGCUUUGCUUUCAAAUGAAAAAUUGCACUUUAUACUUAACAGUUUUGCUCAGUUAUUUUUUCUUGAACUUAUCAUAGCUGCCAUUAUAGUAAUAUAUGUAGUGUUGCGGAUACCUAGAUGGACAUUACAGGAUCAAAGCUUAAAUACUUCAGCAUCUUUCAAAGAAGUUUUUAAUCUGAAAUAUGCAAAGGACUCUUUUAAAGUGGUUUUCCGACGAAGAGAUUCAGACAAGAGAAAGUGCAUUCUGCUUAUAUUCUUGGCAUUGUUCUUUAUUUAUUUUGGAUCAGUUGUACAAACAAUCCUAGGCUAUCUUUAUGUGAAAAAUCUCGAGUGGGAGUUUUCAAAGUAUAGUCAUUAUUAUUCAGUUCAGUUCAUUGUGGAAGGAGUUGCAUUGCUUUUUGGAUUACCUCUCAUUAUUCAUUUUCUCCAUGUCUCUGAUCAUUUUGUUGCUAUUCUUGGCCUUUUUUCUAGAAUGGCAGGUUACAUGGUCUAUGGCUUAAGUACAAAUGAUGCAAUGGUGUACAGUUGUGCUGCCCUGUAUAUGUUUUCUGAGUUUCCUAUACCUGCCCUACGUUCCAUUCUAUCAAAAACUGUAGAUGCUGGUGAAAGAGGUUCUAUCUUUGCUUUCAUGACCAUACUGCAGAACCUAUGUUACUUGCUAGGCUCACUAAUUUUAGGUACAAUAUUUAAUGCAUCUUCUUUUCGUGGACUGAGCUUUGAAGUUGUUGCUGCAAUGCAAGCUUUGGCAUUAAUUAUUAUCUUGUACCUUUACUUUACACGGAAAAAGAUUAUCACUAUAUAUAAAAGCAUGGAAAAUGAGGAUGGUGGCACUGAAGAAAGCUGUGAUGUCAUAUGCACUACGGGCUCUAUUAAUUGACUGAUUUAGUAUUUUAAAUAUGUAACAUUCUUUUUGUGAUGAUUUUAUUUACUUUUUAUUUCAUUCUUGUCUGUUUAUAAUUUUACAGAAUGUUUUAAUGGUAUUGUUACAAAAUUGUUUUUUAGUAGUUUUAAUGAGUUAAUAUACAAUUUGUUAGGAAUUUUAUGUAGUGUGCAUAAAUACUUUUAAGUAGAUUUUAAGUAGUAACAUUUACAGUAAACCUUCAGAAAGGUUUUUUUGCUAGUUUUAUUGUUUUUAAUUUGUUGCUUGUUUGUUGUUGAAAAAAACCUUUUUGUGAUUUCACGUUUUUUAUAUACAUUAUCAAUAUUAAAUAUAUAAAUGUUUCAGUGAUUUAACUAAUGCAGUUUGUGUGCAUAUUGAAUAAUAAAAUAUGAACUGCUGUGUAUAUAGCAGAAGAAUGUAAUAAUGAGUUGUAAUUAUAAAAAAUGGCAAUAAAAAUUUGAUUGAUAAUAUUAAUAAUGAAAAAUUGAUGCAGAACAUAUAUGAAGAUUGCAUAUUUAGUAAAUGAAGAAAAUAAGAUAAAAAAUGUAUUUUUGCGUUUUUUUAUAUUAAUGUUAUUUUUUGACAUGCAUAGAUGCAGCAAAACAAUCAUAUCAUCUCUUAAUGGCAGAAAUAAAAGUAGUAGCAGACUUACUGUUUGCUACAACAUCUUGAGUGAUUACUAUUAAUAUAAGUACCACAUUUUGUUAAAGUCUGCUAAAUCAACCCAGUAAUUUAAAGAUGAUUAUUUUGUAAUCUUGAAAUUACUUUUUAGUAGAAGUUCCCUCCCCCAACUGGACAAAGAAAAGUGUUUCCUGUUAUAUUUGAGUGUAUAAAAGUAAUUUAUGUUUAUAUAAUAAUUUUAUAUAUAGGGUAACAUAAUUUAGGAAUACUUUCUAACUUGUAUUAUUUUAAUGUAUAAAAAUAAAUAUUUUCUACAAGU